AUGCCUUCCCAAACAGAAACAGAAACAGCAGAAGCAAAAGCUAGGCCGGCCUUCUAUAUCCCGACGAUAGAUAUCAGUCCCUACCUACGCGAUCCGAGCUCGUGCGCGGCUGGGCAGGUCGUGGAGAUGGUGCGGGCUGCGUGUAUCGGGACGGGGUUUUUCCAGAUCACAGGUCACGGCAUCGCUGCCUCGCUCCAAGAAGCGGUGUUCGCGGGCUCGGAAGCGUUUUUUGCGCUGGGGGUAGAGGAGAAGAUGAAGCUGGAUAGGAGUGUGAGUGUGGGGGCUAGUAAUAGGGGGUAUGAGGUUAUUGGGGGGCAGGGCCUGCAGGAGGAUACGCUGCCUGAUUUGAAAGAGAAAGCUAAUCCCAACUUCCCUCUCCCCUCACAGGGCUUCUACAUCGGCCACGAAAUCCCCGCCACGGACCCCCGCGUCCUCGCGCACGCCUUCCUCGUCGGCCCCAACCUAUGGCCCCCCUUACCGCGCGCCGUGUUCCGCGAUCCCAUGACGGCGUACUUCGGCGCCAUGUACGAGCUCUCGCUGCGCAUCAUGGAGCUCGUGGCUGCGACGCUGCCGUACGGGAGAGAAGUGUUUAAGGGGUUUGUGGGGCCUGAGGCUGUUGCUAGUGUGCGGCUGCUGCAUUACCCGCCGGGGAAGGGGGAGGAGGGAGAGGCAAAGGGGCAGUUGGGAGCUGGUGCGCAUACGGAUUUCGGGGCUGUGACGUUGCUGUUGCAGGAUGGGGUGGGGGGGCUGCAGGUUUGGGAUGAUGGCCAUGGCCAUGGUGGAAAGGGCGCGUGGGUUGAUGUACGGCCGGAGCGCGAUGCAUAUGUGGUGAACGUGGGGGAUAUGCUGCAGAUGUUAACAGAGGGACGGUAUAAAUCUGGACUGCACCGUGUGGUUAAUAGGAGUGGGCGGGAUCGGUAUUCGGUGCCGUUUUUCUUUGAUGGGAAUGUGGAUUAUAUGUUGAGGCCGUUGGGUGCGGGUGGGGAGGAGGAUAGGGGGGGAGGGAGAGGGAGAAGGGGGGAAGAAUUCCAAGUGGUUGACGGUGGAAGAGCAUAUGAGGGAGCGGUUUGGGAGUACGUAUGGAAGGGGGGCGGAGAGGGAAGAUGGGGUCGGGAAUUUCAAGGCUUGAUUGCUUGGUUUGGGGCGUUGGUGAUUAGAUGCGAGGAUUUGGGUUUCGGAAAUGGGCACGAACAGGAUAUAGAAGGAGAUGCAUCUAAUCACUACUCUAAUAGAAAAACAAUUUCGAUAUUCUAA